UUGUGGCGCGGCCCGCGCUCGCCCGCCACUCUCCGCCGCCGCCCGCCCGCCCGCGCGCUCUUCUCUCCGCGCCCGCCCGUCGACAUGCUGCGCUGCGGCCUGGCCUGCGAGCGCUGCAGGUGGAUCCUGCCCCUGCUCCUGCUCUGCGCCAUCGCCUUCGACAUCAUCGCCCUGGCGGGCCGCGGCUGGCUGCAGUCGAGCGACCACAUCCAGACGUCCUCACUCUGGUGGCGAUGCUUUCAUGAGGGCGGCGGCAGCGGGUCGCGAGAAGAUGGCUGCGAGAGUCUCAUGGAAUACGCGUGGGGAAGGGCAGCCGCCGCCAUGCUCUUCUGCGGCUUCAUCAUCCUGGUCAUCUGUUUCAUCCUCUCCUUCUUUGCUCUCUGCGGACCCCAGAUGCUGGUCUUCCUGAGAGUGAUUGGUGGUCUCCUGGCCCUGGCUGCUGUGUUCCAGAUCAUCUCGCUGGUAAUUUACCCAGUGAAGUACACACAGACCUUCAACCUUCAUGCCAAUGCUCUUGUCACCUACAUCUAUAACUGGGCCUAUGGCUUUGGGUGGGCAGCCACAAUUAUCCUGAUUGGCUGUGCCUUCUUCUUCUGUUGCCUCCCGAACUACGAAGAUGACCUCCUGGGCAAUGCCAAGCCCAGGUACUUCUAUACGUCCGCCUAAGUUCAGGAGUGAGUGGAAGACAUCUCUGCUGCCACAAUGGAUUCCAGAGGAAGAAACUGUUUUCCUAUAACAUUGAAUCUAAUUGGGGACCAGUGUUCCUUUAAAUAAACUAGUCAGAAUGCUAAAAUAAUUUCGGAAAAAAAUAUUUCUUAAAUGGCAUGAUAGUUUCAUAUUCAUCUUUUAUAUGUUUUGUAGAGUUGACUUCUUUUAACUAGUUACCUAUGACAUACAGUAUUGCCUUAUAUGUAUCAUACCAUUUAUACUGCAUUUAUAAAAGAACAGUAAUAGGAAAUUUGCCACUUUAUAAGGUAAAAAUGAGAAAAUUUCAAAGAUUGAAGUAAUCCGAUCACAUUUGUAUCUUUCCCAGGUGGUAUGAGCUGGGUCUAAUCAGGGUUAAAGAAAAGGAGAUACUGAUAAAAAUAGACAGUGACCAAAUAUUGUAAGAGAAAUACAAAAAAUAUUUUUUUUUCCAAGCCUUAAGCUGUUUAAGAAAAGUAAAACAGUCUCCUAAGUGUAUAUCAUUUAUGAGAACUUCUAAUUAAUAUCUAGACUUUUUGUUAGCCUCACAUGAACUUGAUAAGUCAUCUGGGAAAGUACUCUUUCAUGGCCAAAGUCUACGGCAGUAGUAAGGACUCCUUUUGUAGUGAAAUGUUAAGAUGGAAUUUUCUCUUUUAAGUGGUUUAUAGGACUGGGUGUGGGAAAAUGCUAUAAUAAUAAAUAUGUACUGUUUUGUGUCCAUGUGAUCAGGGCCAGUGUAGAUUGGAUUAAAAUGUGUACCAGUUGUAAUUUAGCAUGGCUCGACAGAUAUGCUUAUAUUGUGCAGUAAAGGUAAACAGAUUUAACAGAAAAGUGGCUUGAAUUGCCAAUGCAGGUUUAACUGGGCUCUGAUCAUAGAGACACAGCUUCCAAUAGAUUGCAACUGUAAGCAAAAGCUUAGUGUUAAAAACCUGGUCUUCCUUGGUCAACAGAUUUAAAAUAUCUGAUGUAAAACAUGCAAUAGGAGAAUUCAGGGAUGUGAAAUUUCUCUGAAUAGCAAAUAUAUAUCACAUGAAUUAUUAUUUUUGUACCAUUUGUACUUUCAUAAUGAAAACCAAUUCAUUUUAUAUCGCAAAUUAUUAUUUUGUUAGUUGAAGAAUAAGCAACUGUUUUCAUUAUGGAAUUUUCCCAAUAAACCAGGUAUUCUAAUCUUGUUUCUAGUUUGUAGUUUUUUGGUUUGGCUUUGGUU